AUGGAAGUUGGGUUUGCACCGGCGGACAUAAGCACAAAACAAAGGAUCAUCCAGAUCCUAUCGGUAAAAGUGGAACUUUUGGAAGAGCAUUUGAUUGUAGAUGGGUUUCUUGAGAGUUACACUCGUUGGAUUUUUCAUGGGGAAAGUUUAUUUGCUUCGGUUUCUAGAGAUAAUGAAUCAAGUGACUCUAGUUCGGGAGAUGAAAUUCAAGAAAUGUUGCAUGAUGCAUUUGGGAUUCCCCCUCCAAGUCCAGUUUGUGGAAUGAGUAGUGACGAACCUGAAAGGGAUAAUAGAGAAGGGCUAGAUCAGUGUGCUACUAUUGGCUCACACAAUGAUGACACACUAUUAGAGAAAAUAGGGAUACUAUUAGAGAACAAUAGGGUUUGGGUGGUUGUCUUGAUGUCAAAUUCUUUUGUUGCCUGCUUUAGUGCACUAGUGCCAAAUUUUAUCAUGGGAAAGUCGUUUACUGCUGGCAUUAUGGGGUCAUUUUUCCUCUUUCCUGGGUACUUUAUAUCGAAGGAUGACAUACCCAAGUAUUGGCUUUUCAUGCAUUAUUUGACCAGGUUUGAAAGAGUCACAAAAAUGGAGCAACUUAGUUGUGAUGCUGGUUUCAUCUUUGGGUACAGAUUGCAGUCCUUUGGGGCUAAGCCUAAGGCUCCAGAAGUUUUGGCAGGACAACAGAUUUUGAGGGACUUGAAGGUGGAGUCCCAUGAGAAGAUUCAAGUGAG